AUGCAGGGCAAGCAAGGAGCACAGUACUGGAAGAAGCUCAGGAGGCACCUUCGGAAGGCGAAUCCCAACUGGACACGCAAAUCGGAGGCUAUGAAGCAGCAGUGGAAGCGAUUGGAGAAGGAUUACAAGGAGAUUGGCGAAGCGCUCGCCAUGUCUGGUGGCGGAAAUGUUGCCCGACCCGGCUGGUUCACUUUCAUGGAGGAUAUCCGUGCUGGAACCGCCGCGGUGAACCCGCACGUGGUCGACGGUGGCGGCGCCGCGCAGAACGACGCGGAUCCGCUGACAAACCCUGUGCCGCCUGCCCCAGCUCCAGCGACACCCAGUGUGUCACACGGUCCCCAAGCUGGACCUUCAGGCCUCACGGUCGCAGAAAAGGCGGAACCCACCCCUACACCCGUGCGAAGCAGACGCGUGUCAGAGAGCGCAACGAUUGCUGGAGCUAAGCUCAUUGCAGACACCCUCAGAGAGUGCAAUGAGCGGGGCUUGGCCAAGCUGGAGGCCAUUACCCGCAUGAUAAUGAGUGCGGUCGCGGCAGCCACCACGACUCCAGAAUCUGCAGUGCAACAUACACCCCUGUCCACGUCGUACCCGAGAGCGCUCCCGUGCCUCCUCAUACCGUGGGUGGGGAAGAGCACCCCCCCGAGGGCACGCCUCUACCCGCAUCUGGAGAGAGUGGCAACUCUCUUGAAACGGAUGGCGCGCCAUCAUCAUUUGAUUUUACGGGGCAGCAGUAGCCUGGCGCUUGCGCCUCAGGCGGUAUUGCAUCAACUUCGUGACCAUGUUGUGGAGUAUGAUGAUGCAGCCCGUUCCUGCACAAACUCGCCCAAGGCGGCACUCAUGCCUUCUCCCUAG